UGUGUGGCGCGCACUAUGCUUGAUGAUCUCGAGAGACAGACGGAGCUGAGCUGAGCGCUGAACUUGAGACCGUGUCUCGGUCACGUCUCAAGUGCCUCUCACUUUUCUCAGUUUUACUAUCGACCACUAAGCAGUUUAUUUUGAUUUACCGCCGUCGGAUUAAGCUGAAGAUAAAAAAGUGUCCAGAAUUUCUCUCCGAGUUGCGUGAGAGACUGCGCAAUAGAGGAACGCUGAACUGAAUUCAACAUGUCAAUUUUACCGUUCACUCCGCCGAUCGUGAAGAGGUUGCUGGGCUGGAAGAAGGGAGAGCAGAACGGACAGGAGGAGAAAUGGUGCGAAAAGGCCGUCAAGAGUCUAGUGAAGAAGCUGAAGAAGACGGGACAGUUGGACGAGCUUGAGAAAGCCAUCACAACUCAGAAUGUCAACACCAAGUGUAUCACCAUACCACGAUCACUAGAUGGUCGGUUGCAAGUAUCUCACAGAAAAGGACUCCCUCAUGUGAUCUACUGUCGUCUUUGGCGCUGGCCUGACCUGCAGUCUCAUCAUGAGCUCAGAGCCAUUGAACUCUGUGAGUUUGCCUUUCACAUGAAAAAGGACGAGGUUUGCGUCAAUCCCUACCACUACCAGCGGGUCGAGACACCAGUUCUUCCUCCGGUGCUGGUGCCUCGUCACACUGAAAUCCCCAGCGAGUUUCCUCCUCUGGAUGACUACAGUCACUCCAUCCCAGAAAACACCAUUUUCCCCGCCGGCAUCGAACCCCAGAGCAACUACAUACCAGAGACGCCCCCUCCAGGCUACAUCAGUGAGGAUGGAGAGACCAGCGAUCAUCAGAUGAACCGCAGUAUGGACACAGGGUCUCCAAAUCUGUCACCGAACCCCGUUUCUCCUGCCCACAACAAUUUAGAUCUACAGCCGGUGACAUACUGUGAACCUGCGUUCUGGUGCUCUAUUUCAUACUAUGAGCUGAACCAGAGAGUCGGUGAAACUUUCCAUGCCUCCCAGCCCUCUUUAACAGUGGACGGCUUCACAGACCCGUCCAACUCUGAGCGCUUCUGCCUGGGCCUGCUGUCCAACGUGAAUCGCAAUGCUGCUGUGGAGCUCACGCGCAGACACAUUGGCCGGGGUGUGCGUUUGUACUACAUUGGAGGUGAGGUGUUUGCAGAGUGUCUAAGUGACAGCGCCAUCUUUGUUCAGAGUCCCAACUGUAACCAACGUUACGGCUGGCACCCAGCCACUGUUUGCAAGAUCCCACCUGGCUGUAAUCUGAAGAUCUUUAAUAACCAGGAGUUUGCAGCUCUGUUGGCCCAGUCUGUGAAUCAGGGCUUUGAGGCUGUGUACCAGCUCACCCGCAUGUGCACCAUUCGCAUGAGCUUCGUGAAGGGCUGGGGAGCCGAGUACAGGCGGCAGACAGUGACUAGCACCCCCUGCUGGAUAGAACUGCACCUGAACGGUCCUCUCCAGUGGCUGGACAAAGUGCUCACUCAGAUGGGCUCCCCCUCCAUCCGCUGCUCCAGUGUAUCAUAGGAAAAACACUCCCUACACAUAUACAACAUAUACAAGCCACAAGAUCUGGAAAGAAGAAAAAAGUUCCUUCAGGAGUCAAAGGCUGAAGACCUUCAUACCCACCAACCAUUUGGGUUCCACAGACUCGGUAGCACUUUCUCAUGUUGGAGUGUAUUACAGUAUAUGUAUAUAUUCGUUUUUAUGUUGUUGUUAGCCAUUUUUAUUGCCAUUAUUGAUAUAAAAUAUUGCCAUUUAUGUUAUAUGUUGUUAUAUAGCAUGUAUAUGUAAGAUCUCUCCUCUGUCCUGUCUUUUACUAUGCUGUGUUAGGUACACGUUUACCUUAACAGGUAUAUAAGAGGCUUGAAUAGUUUUUAGAGACAUGAAAAAGUGCUUUUUUAUAAAGUGAAAAUAUGAAGUUUUUCCAAAUAUCAGUUCAGCUAAAUAAUGGAAACUUGGCCCAUGUCAUAAUGUUUUGUAGUACAUAUCAAGAGCUCUUAUACAUCUUUAUAAGAUUUACAAACAUUUAAAACCCAAAUUAAUAUAUUUUCUCCAACAACCUUGAAUUCCCAUACAUUAGCAGUUCACCUUUUUAAGAUUCACUGCACACAAUACUAGACAACAAACUUCAUAUGUGCACAUAACAGUUUGUGUAACACUUAAAAAAAAGUGUUAUCUAUGCUUCACAAUAUCUCUGUUAUGUUUGUUGAAAUGUUAGGGCCUUUUGUCAUUGCACAGAUGCAGAGAGCUUGAUACGCUACUCUUCCUACAGCAGUUUUCCAGUUGUAGUGUUUUCAUCUCUAAACAAGCUAAGCAUGUAUAUGAACAUUACUUGAGGAUGUUAUAACUGUGCCAGUCGUCCUCAGUGAGCAUUUUGUCUAGUGUUGAUUUCAUCACUGUCUGCAUUGAACCGAUUGUCUGUUCUGUGUGAAUGAAUGUGAAUUAUUGGAUUCAUCACUCUUAUAACUCCAUGUAUUUUCGUGCUUUCAUUGUUAUUCACUCAGUGUCUUUUGUGAGUGGGUGAGGAGCUCUUCAAGGUCUGGUGAGGCCUCUCAAUUGUCCGCUUCGGAGAAGUUUCUCUGUGUGUAGCGGUAGAUUUCGAAAACUGGGCAUUACAUCAUUUUGCGCACUAAGAAGUUGGCACUUCAUAUCUCACGGUAUGUGUUCUCAUCCUCCAGAAAUAAAACUGAGUGAGUGUGCCUUCGUGUCAACUUUCAUAACAGAGUUUGUAAAUAGUAUAUUGGAGACUUCACAGGCGUUUACCCGUGUUGUUGAGUAAGUGGGUUGUCCAGCGUUGGACCACUCAGGGUUGUGAUCCUUUCUCAGCUGAAUUUGUAAAUAAAUUGUCUAAUAAAUUGAUUAUGCAUGCCUAUUUUCUGAAAUUCAUGCCAUUUGUACUGUAGACUCUCUAUUUUGCUACCAAAUAUUUUUUCAGAAGUGGAACGGGAUGAACAAGUAAAUGCUCUUACCUCUGUUUGUAACUGUUGAAAGGUGGGGCUUGUACUGCUGGCAGGUUUUUGUAAGGUUAACCCUGUAUUUUUAUACGUCAUAGGAUAUGGAGAAGGGCUUAAAGAAGGGAAAUGUCACAAUGGGCUUUGUGAAAGCCAGAUCAUGUACAGUACCUUCAGUUCAGUGGAGAGGAGCUCUUUGCAUGCCUUUCCAAAAAAUCUCUGGUCUCUCAGCGUGUCGUACAGAAAUCAUGGAUGAAAGUGUAGCGUUUAGGUGCAUUGUGUACUUCACAGACGGUAGAAAAGAUGUGUGACAUCUGUGUGCGUAAAUGUUUAUGACUUUACUUUGAUAAAGUCAGAUUGACUAGGAUUCCUUGAAAUGUAUUUAAACCUCUUGAUGUCAUCCGGCAAAGACUAAAUAGAAGGUACUGAAGUUAUUCAGGAAGUGAUUUAUUGUCCAUCUAAGCAAACAUGUUUUCUUUGAGAGAAAAAAAAAAUCAAA